GUUACUUUUAAAUCGAUCAGCCUAAUAAAACCCGGUCUGAGCCGGUUUAUUUCCAAUCGUCCCAAUUUUAUGAGCUCAAGAGAUUUGUGCAUUAAUGGCGAUUCUAUCGUCGUCGUCUUCUUCUUCAUCAUCAGCCUCGGCGAUGCAGAAAGGAAUUGUUGUUACUUUACCAGUUCUGGUUCUAACUGCGGCGUUCUCGGCGGUUAUCUUCUUCAUCCUAACGUCUUUUCUGUCUUCCUCCUGCUCAUGUCCGCCAUCUAUACCUUCCCUUAACGACGACGCUGGUGUCGCUGCUGUCGGUGGCGGUGAUGUGAGGUCGGAGGAGAGGAUUUCAACGUCGCAAGAGGAUAUAGAUUGGGUUAAAGAUCUGAUUAGAUCGAACGGUUUGCAUAUGCAGGACAAUGUGCUCCGGAAAGGGAUCAAUCCUCGCACAAGGGAACAGCAACUCCAAGAUCUGAUACAGUACAAAGGUAUUUCGCACUACGAAGGAGAUGAAGCAACAAACCACACAGCUCUUCCAUGCCCUGGCGAGUUACUUGUUGAGGAGCAUCACAGCAACUACGGUGAACCCUGGGCUGGUGGGCGUGACGUGUUUGAGUUCUUAGCUGAAGCAGCCCACCUCAAGCCCAAUGCUAGAGUCCUUGAAAUAGGCUGUGGCACGCUCCGUGUUGGGUUGCAUUUCAUACGCUAUCUCAACCCUGGGAAUUUCCACUGCCUUGAAAAGGAUGAGCUUUCUCUAAUGGCUGCUUUAAGGUACGAGCUUCCUUCUCAGGGUCUCUUACAUAAACGGCCUCUUAUAGUCAGAGGCGAAGAUAUGGAGUUCAGCAAGUUUGGCUCGGAUGUGGUAUAUGAUCUGAUAUACGCUAGUGCAGUCUUUCUACAUAUGCCUGGUGAACUCGUUUGGACUGGACUUGAAAGGCUAGUAGAUAAGUUGAAGCCUUACAAAGGGAGGAUCUUUGUGUCGCAUAACAUGAAGUUUUGUACGCGUUUAGGAGGAGACAAAUGCACAGAGAGACUAGCAAGCUUAGGACUGGAGUCCCUCGGGAGACAAACACAUGACAGUUUGCUGUUUAACCACUACGAGAUCUGGUUCGGGUUCAGGCGGAUCAAAGGAUAAUCGUGUUGUUUGUUCAGAGAGUUUUGCAGAUAGUUGAGUGGUAUGAUGAUAUGGAGUUACGAGUCUCUGGACCAAGAGAAUCUCACAAAGCAGUUAAAUACACAAAUGGUGAUCAUGUAUGUAUUAAUAUACAUUAGUCAAAUGGUUCGAGAUGGCUAUAUUUGUUUGAUUUAAAGAGUUGUAUUGUUGUGUUUUGUAGUUCUGUUUGUAAUUUAAAUACUUUAUCAUUAAUUUACACUACUUUUAUAUUAAGAAAAAUGUUGCAUUUAUGUAGCUGUUUCGGUCUC